CCCUUUUUAUAUUUUCAGCCAUUAAACCAAAAACAAAUUGAAUCAUACAGAUCUCACGUCAAGAUUACACAAUUAAUAAGUAAGUUUUGUUAUCUAAAACAUAAAUCAUCUACUGUGAGAAUAGUACAUACCCACUACUAUAAGAGGAAAUAAAUUCAAUCACCCUCCUCAAUAACAAGCCUUGUGUCUGCAUAAACAAGUAGCAGAAGGUACAGUUUUAUUUCAGGAAUAAAAAUGGAGAUUUUGAGAUUUGUGGUUGCUUGGACUCUGUUGGUUUCAUCGGUUUUGAGGGUGGGAAGUGAGGAACCGAUGACUUUAGCCCCCGGUGACGUCCCGGCCAUAUACAACUUUGGCGACUCAAACUCAGACACUGGUGGCAUAGCAGCGGCAUUUUUUCCCAUGGCAGCUCCAUGCGGUGAAACUUUCUUCCACAGGCCGUCUGGCAGGGGCAGUGACGGCCGCCUCAUCAUCGACUUUAUUGCUGAGCACCUAAAGUUGCCAUACUUGAGUGCAUACUUGGAUUCUGUUGGAACCAAUUUCCAGCACGGUGCAAAUUUUGCAACAGGAGGGGCAACAAUUAGGCGACAGAACGAGUCAUGGUUUGAGAAUGGUGCAAGCCCAUUCCCUCUGGAUAUUCAGGUCGAGCAUUACGUCCAGUUCAAAGCGCGAUCGACUUAUCUCUACAACAAUGCGAACGAAACAUCCCUGAAAAGCCGUCUCCCAAAGCCCGAGGACUUCUCAAAGGCUCUGUACACGUUCGAUAUUGGACAAAAUGAUAUUGCUACUGGUUUUAGGAAGAUGACCGACGAACAGCUUCGAGCUGCCAUACCAAACAUUGUUAACCAGUUUGCUGCAUCACUCCAACAAUUAUAUAAAGAAGGGGCAAGAGUGUUCUGGAUACAUAACACAGGACCUAUUGGAUGUUUACCAGUAACCACUGUGAGUGUUCAUAAUCCAGUGCCAGGGUAUCUAGAUGAGAAUGGCUGUGUCAGAAGUCAGAAUGAGAUUGCAAUAGAGUUCAAUAAACAGCUCAAUAACAGAGUGGUCCAACUAAGAACAGAGCUACCACAAGCUGCACUAACAUAUGUGGAUGUUUAUGCUGCAAAGUAUGGAUUAAUCAGCAAUGCAAAGAGUCAAGGGUUUGAGGAGGCACACAAGAUAUGCUGCGGGCAUCACGAAAGGGGAGUCAGCAUAUGGUGCGGAAACAAAGGAAUCAUAAAUGGUACUGAAAUCUACAGUGGUUCAUGUCCAGAUCCUUCAACAAUCAUAAGCUGGGAUGGUGUACACUACACUGAGGCUGCAAAUUUUUGGGUUGCUAAUCAUAUCCUCAAUGGUUCACUUUCAGACCCACCCAUUUCAAUUACUCAGCAACCAUAUUAAAUGGAACCUGGUUGGUUUACUACUUGGUUCAUAAUGCAGAAGAAGAAGAAGAAGUCUGCUAUCUCUCAUCUGAAAUCAUGUUGUAAUUUUUACAAUAAGCAUCUUGGCUGUAAAGUAAAGCAUAUGUUUUAGGCCUAAUGAAUACAAUAUCAUUACAAGAAGAAUAAGCAGCGUCACUUUCCACCUUUCA